CACAUGAAACAAACCCCAAGACUGAAAAGUCAGCUCUAAAUCAUCCUCAUCACUGCCAAGAAAACCGGCGGACAGGUUAUCAAAAUUAUCUGUAAUGAUGUGGCUACAUAAUCAUGUAGAUUCAUUUCUAUUCUCAGAACUUUGCUCUGGAAAAGCAAUCCCCACAGCUUCUUGACCGAGAGUUACGUCGCCGUGGUCGCUUGUUUUCUCGGCGAGUUACAAUUCCUCAAACUUUUCAUGCACCGCUGGGAAUUUGACUACACGCAGAAGACGAACGAUGGCUGAGGCAAAGGGCGAUGGCUCCUUCGGUAAAGAGUGAAGUUGAACGCGUGCCAAGGCAGGGACUGCUGACUGCUCGCAAUCGGCAGGAACCAGCAUCUCUGAGGACUUAAGGGCCGCAGAUUUUGUCGGUUAACCUUCUGCCCUAGCCCUCGUGGGAGUUGUUGAUCGAAUCAGGUUCGUUUUAACGGUCGGGCGCCGCCUUGGGUGUGACGGGGGAAAAAUAUCUUCCCAAGACAAUUGGGUCCUUACAUUUCCCUCCCUGACUCGCUCACCACCGAGUGUUCCUGACGGUGGAACCGCGAUGCAUAUAUAAAAACCACACGUCUCGACGCACAGAGGCCAAGUAGUGGGUCUAAGACUUCGCUGGAAAACUUGUGGAGAUUGGUUUUACCGCGCAGACGUUUCAGAAUCUUGUAUCAGAAAUGUCCGUGGUGCCAACUCGGUCGAAUCUGCUUCGGUGGACAGUGCUCUGCAUUAUCUUGACAAACGCUUUCGCACAAAGAUGUACGAGGAGGUGUCCUAAGAGGGAGAGCCCCGUUUGCGGUUCUGACGGGAAAACAUACAAGAAUCAGUGCAAGCUAGAAAACAGGCGAUGUCAGGACCGAAGCUUGUAUCGCGUCAGGAACGGACCAUGCCGAGGAUGCAAGCGUCCGUGCGGCAACGCCUACGAGCCGGUCUGCGGAUCGGAUGGCGUGACGUACGACAACCUCUGCCGGCUCGAUAACGCCGCCUGUGACAACCCGAUGGUAUCGAUGCAGGCCAACGGGGAAUGCCGAAAAGAGGUGAUACUAUUGGGCGUCCAGGUAGACCUGGUGGGCGCAGGUCUUAACAAAGGCCCAACCAAUGUCACCUUCGAGCUGUUGGUAAUCAGUGCCCCAGGCAGCCAGAGCAUUAGCGGCCAGGGCCUGUGGAAGCUGGGUAUCUUCGGCUGUCGCUACGAUGACGGCUGGUGCGACAAGAUCGGCCACCUGCCGCAGAUCCUGAGCCCCCAGCAGGCGUCCACCCCGCUGGUGGGCGGCCAGGAGAUGGUGGUGCGGGACAUCGUGGCCCACUUCGACAUUAGCAUCAUCGGCUGUGACGACCUGCCGUACAUCUGCGCUGCGUUCAGCAAGGGGGACAACCCGCGCCCGGACUUCGCGCUGACCAUGGGCUUCGAAGAGACGGCCAUCAACUGCUGGCCAAUGGACUGCCCCCCAGUCACAGAUCCCCCGGUUGUGACCCCAGCUUGCCGAUACGAGUGCCCCGAGUCGGGCCACGUGGUGUGCGGCAGUGACGGCGAGACCUACAGUACGGAAUGUGCCCUGGACAACGAGAGACGGUGCGGGGAAGAUCCAGAGAGCUACCUGUUGACACGAAAACAUUACGGGCCUUGCAGGACAGGUGUCAUAAUUGACUCGAUGUUCUGGUCGGCCCAACCAAAGAGACAAGAGGAAGAGACAAUCCCCUCCGGUAACACCCUGAUCAUCGUUGAGGUCCUGGUCAUGUCGAACUCCACGGGAGAGAGCAUAUCCGGGCGGAAUCUGUGGCGCGUUGGGCUCUACGGGAGUCAGUUCGCCGAUGGGUCAGGCCCUAGGCUUGGGUACAUCCAUCAACUCCUGGACAACGGACAGGCUUCCACCACGCUGGCUGCCGGGAGGGCCAUUGUGCUGAAUGCGGAGGUCGAAUUUGACGCUGCAGCAGUGGGAUGCUCUCGCUACAAGUUCCUCUGCUUGGAGUUCACUAAGGGAGACUCGCCUCAGCCUCCCUUCCCUUUCCAUGGCAACGCAGGACCGGAGGAAGCUAGUGUCUUCAUGUCCUGUCGACAAGUGCCAUGCCAAGAAAUAGAACCCGAGUUUCCUGACGAUGGUCGCGUGAGGGUGGUGGUUGGUCAGUUUGGCUGGGGACUUCGAGCACGUGGUCGCCGCCCAGAUGGGCUCUAUAAUGUUACUGUCAACCUGAAUGUGCAGAUCAUGCCCACGAGUGACUACGUUGCUGGCAGCAAUCUACUGCGCGUGGGCCUCUUUGGCAGCCAAAACCAAAAUGGCACUGGCCCUCGUCUGGGCUUCCAUAGACAAAUUCUGACCAGCCGAGAUACGUCCCGUACAUUUGCUCCAAGUAGCAAUCUGGUGAUUGAUGACAUCGAGACUACGUUUCCUGUGACUCGUGUGGGGUGUUCCGACUACGGCUUUCUCUGUCUGGAGCUAGCAAAGGAUAAUGGAGCCAAUCCUGACUUCAUCUUCGUAUCGGAAAACACUGACACAACGUCAACCCCAGAUGAAGUGAUCCUAUGUAAGCAGAUUCGUUGCAGAAAACCUGGCGGUAGCCAGUCCGGAGGCCAAGGCGGUGAUGGUGGUGGCGACAGGACAAAAAUAGGGCGAAUCGAAUCACUUCGGUGGCGUCUCUCAGUUAAAAAGUUCAAGAGUCCCAAGGCGAGCGAUCUCUUUAUUAAUAUCACCACGAUUGAACACCCAGGCAGCGAGGUCAUCACUGGGGAUGGCCUGUGGCGCGUUGGUAUAUAUGCAAGUGAUGACAGCAACCCGUAUGGACCAAAGUAUCGCUACCAGAAACAGAUUCUGUCGGUGGAGCAGCAGUCUAUUCCCCUGCAUCCUGACGCCCCUUUGGAAAUCUUUGGAGUCAAUGUCAGGUUCAAUGUCCAAAGCCUAGGUUGCGGGCAAUUGAAUUACAUUUGUAUUGAAUUUACCAAGGGGGAUUCGCCACGGCCAGACUUUCAACUACCGCUUCCACAAAAUGAUACUGACGGGGUUACAAAGCGAAUAGCCUCGUGCAAACCGUGGCCAUGCCAAGAUUCAGACGGUGAUGGUGGCAAUGAUGCUAAUGUUGGUAAAACUGGGGGUGAUACAGGAGGUCAAGGUGGUGGAAUGGGAGGUCAAGGUGGUGGCACAGGUGGUCAAGGUGGUGGCAUGGGGGGUCAUGGUGGGGGAACUGGAGGUCAUGGUGGUGGAGCGGGAAAUCAAGGUGGUGGUGGCCAUCUACCUGAGCCUGGACCAGAUGCACCUUUUGUUGCCUUCAGAAACCUUCACUGGACCCGAUAUCGCACCCCGGUUAAUCAAAAGGGUCCAUCAAUGGUCAACCUUGCAGUUAUACUCACCCCUCAUGAUUCCAGUGAUGCUCUUGAAGGCUUCAACCUCUGGAAGGUCGGACUGUUUGGAAGUGAUGUCUCUAACAACACAGGAGUUCGUUUUGAUGAGAGGCCAGAUGUUCUUUCUGCCACUGACCGUUCCAGUCCGCUUGUACCAGGAAACCCUCUGGUGUUCAACAUUACGACGCCGUUUGAAAUGCAUGAUGUAGGCUGUGGGACUUAUCCUUAUCUCUGUAUUGAAUUUAGCAGAGACAAAUUCUCCUGGCCAGCAUUCCGCCUUGCUCUUGGCAAAGCGGAUAGUGUGGUCUCCUGCCAAUAUGUUACAUGUGAUCCAAAUGCAGGUCAAGGGGGGAGUAGUAACCGGGGUCACGGGGGAACCCUUGAUCCCAAUCUGCCCACAGCGAGCUUCCACAACAUCAGCUGGAACAUUGUCGCAGGAGACACUCGGCCAGGAGUCCUGACAGACCUCAACGUCCAUGUCGUGAUAUUUCCGAAGUCCUACACGGAUUCCAUUCGGGGCCGUCGGCUCUGGAGGCUGGGACUGUUUGGGAACACAUACAGGGACGGCACUGGAGUCGACCGAGUUGGUUACAUCACCCAGAUCUUAUCUCCUAAGCAGGCCAAGAAGCCACUAGUCCCAAACUCCCCUCUGGAGUUCAACGUGGACACCAGAUUCCUCCUACACAACUUUGGAUGUGACCUUCACCGGUACCUAUGCCUGGAAUUUGCACAGCAUGAUCACCCCGAACCUCCUUUCAAUUUCCCAGUUGAGACUGAUGCCCAUGUUUCUUGCAAACCCUACCUCUGCCAAAACCGUCCAUCUGCACAGCCUCGUCCCAACAGACCGGUUGCCAGAAUUGGGCCCUUUACUUGGCUCAUUCAGGACACUCAGAUCAACUCAGAGGGCCCAACGGACAUCAGACUUUUUGUCAAUGUCCCACCUCAUGAGCAAACGGACAUCAUCAAUGGGCAGAACUUGUGGAAAGUUGGGAUAUAUGGGAGCAAGUACUCAACAGGUGGGGAAGCUUUUGAAGAUCGGCUGGACUACGAUCCACAGCUCCUUCAAGUGCCCGAUGCCAGAAGGACCUUGGCCCCAUCGAGGCCCCUGAACUUUGACCUCCACACCAACUUUGAUAUGAGGAGGUUGGGAUGUGGCCCCUACAAGUACUUCUGUGUGGAGUUUGGGAAGGAUCAUUUGGCCAACCCAGACUUUGAAAUGGGGCUGGCUGGUGGUGAUGUCGUUGUGAAUUGUCAGAGGAUGCCUUGCCAUCCCAACAGAGGGACAGGUGACACUGGUGGGCCAGAUCACACUGGCGGCCAACCUGAUCCAGAUCCUAUCAAGAUAGUGGGCUUUAUAAGGGUUGACUGGCAAGUCGGGCCUCCAAACAUCUAUCCAGACGGCCAGAGUGAUCUACAUAUCUUGGUGGAGCUGACCCCUCACCCAGACUCCGAUACCAUCAUGGGCGAGGAGGGCAGUGGGUUUUGGAGGGUGGGCAUCUUUGCAAACCGCAAACAGCAGGGGACUCAUGCCCAAAAGAUCAAUUAUGACCGGCAGAUCUUGAGCCAGCAAGACCGCGACCAGAGCCUCUUGCCGCCCAACCCUCUACACUUUGACAUCAAUGUGCCCUUUGACCUUCGGAGGGCUAACUGUGAGAGUGAAUUUCCCUUUCUUUGCCUUGAGAUUGCCAAGGGGGAUUCGGCUUGGCCAGAUUUCAACCUUCCCCUACCAGAAGGAACCCAUGCAUUUGUGACAUGCCAGAGUGCUCCGUGUCUACCAAGAGACCACCACGGUGGAGGGGGACAUAGCGAUUUACCUGUUGUCACUGUCACGACUAUCAACAUUGGUGGCGUCAACAUUCAGCCCGAUGCCAGGAAUGACCUGGAGCUAGAUGCGGUAGUCUACAUGUCCCCGGACAGCAUGGCCAUCAGGGGCACCAACCUUUGGCAACUGGCAGUGUGGGGCAGCACCGUGCCAGAUGGCAGUGGACCCCGCAUCCAACUGGUCGACCAGGUCCUCUCCCAACAGCUUGCAGACCGUAAUUUUGUGCCACCUGAGCCACUAUUUUUCCCCACAGUCCCUUUCAGCCUGGACAUGACGGGCCGGGAGUGCGGAGAGGUCACUCACAUCUGUGCUGAGUUCUCCAAGCUGGAGCCCUCCAACCCUCCAUUUCAGCUGGCAGCCAGUCCCGACACGAGCGUGCUCACUGUCUGUCAACCAGUGGAAUGCCAUGCGCCUCGUAACCCGCAGAUCGCUGUCACAGGCCUCUCUCUUUUCCAUUCUGGGAUCACUACCAUCUACGCCGGACGCUCCAACCAGCUGGUAAUCGGUGUGCGUGUGCGAUACGACGAGCCAGAGUCCGUCGGUUUCCAGGGCACGGACCUGUGGGGCCUAAAGAUUUGGCUUUCCCCCAAGCCCAACGGCAAAGGCAAGAAAUUGGGGGCGGUGAAGCAGGCACUCAACGAUGAGCAGGCAGCCAUGCCUCUGGUGGUGGGCCGGGACCUGGCUUUUCAGGACAUCAGCUUCCGGGCCAGCCUCCUGGGCAAGAAGUGCAAGGAAGCUAGGCACAUCUGUGCCUCCCUGUUCAAGAACCCCCGGGCAAGUCCAUCGUAUAUCCUCAUUGCUAAACCCAAUGUUAAGAAGCUGACCAAAUGUAUGCCCGUCAAUUGUGCUUGAGGGUCACCUUCAAGAGUGAUGUGGACUCGUAAAUCCACCUGUUAAACUAUGUGCUCCAUUCAAUAUUGCCUUCACAUAAUGUAGUGUCAGUUGAAAUACUGUGCUAUUUAUAUCUGUGCUUCUUAAUCGAAUACUUCUUAAAAGGCAAAACUUUUAAACAAAAUGAAACGACAAGUUGAAAAGUCAAGUUCAAACAACUUGUUGGUACAGAUCACACAAAAAUUACAAGAACAAAUUGGAUUUAUUACAUUUUCCCAUAAAUUUCAACUGAUUUAAUCAAUUUUUAACACGCAUGUUUGACAUUAAGCAUAAGUUCUCAUAUGGCAUGUCAAAAUGUUAAAAUAUACAUGUACACCGUAGCCGCUUAUUUUCAAAAAUCGUAAUGCAUUUUUUUACAAUUUUUUUUAGUCAUUAAAUAGAAUCUAUGUAUACAGUUAUAUAUAGAUUUUUAAAAUGGUAAAAAUUUCAGAGGACUACACACUGAAGAUUCUGCCAGAAUUUUUCUUCAAAGGUCAAUUGAGGUCAUUCUUAGAUUUAACAUUUAAUACAACUAAACAGGUAAGUACCAGAACGUCUGUCCUGAGGAGUGUUAAAGUACAGUGUGAGUGGACUGCAUCGGCAAUAUUCCGUUAGAGUCAAAUGUCUGAAACGCGUGAUUAUUGGCCUGUUUGUUACACAUCGAUCUGGAUUUCCAUCAGUGAUCUGUCACUGGUUCACUGACCCUGACCAGGCCCUAUCUUUCGAAAGCUGUUUUGGCAUGAUUGGAUGAUAAAAACUGUACUACAUCUAUGUACUAAUGCACUGGUGUCAUGCAGCAUCUUUUCCUUUGAAACAUUCGUGCCUGAAAUCAGUAGCAAGAUGCCAGGCACUCCUGUGGAUGUGCUCAGCUAAGCAUAGAGAAAUAAAGCAACGUGUUACGUGAAGAACUUG